CGACAUUAAAGGAGGAGAAGAAGAAGCUGUGCCUUGUAUUAGAGAAUGAGAGAUAAUCGGCGUCACCUAAGAAUAAACUUCAACUAAAUACUUGUUUAUAUUCCUUGCUUUGAAGACUUAAGUCUUGUCAUCAUGUCUGGCGGUCCAGCAGUGAGGGUCAGCGUUGAGUCGUCCUGUGAAAAACAGGUGCAGGAAGUCGCUCUUGAUGGGACAGAGACGUACGUCCCUCCUCUGUCCAUGUCCCAGAACCUGGCAAAAUUGGCACAAAGGAUUGACUUCAGCCAGGGAUCUGAUUCAGAGGAGGAUGGGGUCGAGGGUGAAACCCGGGACCGAGAGUGGGGCAAGCAGGAGACGGAGGAAGAGGAAGGCACAGUGAAGUUUCAGCCAUCUCUUUGGCCCUGGGACUCUGUACGUAACAAUCUACGCAGCGCCCUGACAGAGAUGUGUGUCCUCUACGAUGUGCUCAGUGUGGUGAAGGAGAAGAAGUACAUGGCGUUAGAUCCGGUGUCUCAGGAUCCAACUGCUGGCAAGACGCCCCAGGUGUUUCAGCUGAUCAGUAAAAAGAAGUCGUUGGCUACAGCAGCGCAGGUUCUCCUGAAGGGAGCAGAGAAGCUCAAUAAGUCAGUGACAGAAAACCAAGAGAACAGGCGGCAGCGAGACUUCAACUCUGAGCUUCUGCGACUCCGCUCGCAGUGGAAAUUGCGCAAAGUGGGAGACAAGAUCCUGGGAGACCUCAGCUAUCGAAGCGCUGGUUCUCUUUUUCCUCACCUUGGCACAUUUGAGGUGAUCAAAAACACUGACAUUGACCUGGACAAAAAGAUCCCAGAGGACUAUUGCCCCCUUGACGUGCAGAUCCCAAGUGACUUGGAGGGAUCAGCUUAUAUAAAGGUGUCCAUCCAGAAACAAGCUCCAGAUAUUGGUGAUCUGGGAACUGUUAACCUUUUCAGGAGACCACAAAAAAGCAAACCUGGUAUGCAGCAGUGGCACGUAAAGCUGGAGGCCGCUCAGAACGUCCUGCUCUGUAAGGAGAUCUUUGCUCAGCUGUCCAGGGAAGCGGUCCAGAUUAAAUCUCAGAUCCCUCACAUCGUUGUGAAGAACCAGAUCAUCUCACAGCCAUUCCCAGGUCUCCAGCUGUCAAUAUCUCUGUGCCACUCCACGGGAGAGAAGAAGAACAGUCGUGCAUCUCCGGAGAAACCCAAACCAGACGACCAUCUUUACGUUCUGGAGCACAAUCUGCAUCAGAUGAUGAGAGAGUUCCACAAGCAGCAGCUGAGUUCUGUGGUCAUGCCGCAUCCCGCCAGCGCCCCGUUCGGCCACAAGCGCAUGCGUCUAGCGGGGCCAAUGGCUUAUGACAAGGCUGAAAUCUCCAACAUGCAGCAGAGUGAGGGAUUACUGGAGAAGAUCAUCAAACAGGCCAAACACAUCUUCCUCCGAAGCAGGACUGCACGGACCAUUGACAACUUGGCUAGCCGGAUUGAAGACCCCCAGAUCCAGGCCCACUGGUCCAACAUCAACGAUGUAUACGAGUCCAGUGUCAAGGUCCUCAUCACCUCGCAGGGCUAUGAGCAAAUCUGCAAGUCCAUUCAGCUGCAGCUCAAUAUUGGUGUUGAGCAGAUCAGGGUGGUGCACAGAGAUGGACGUGUCAUCACACUGUCGCACCAGGAACAGGAGCUGCAGGACUUCCUCCUUUCGCAGAUGUCACAGCAUCAGGUGCAUGCCGUCCAGCAGCUGGCCAAGGUGAUGGGCUGGCAUGUAUUGAGCUUCAGUAACCACGUAGGCCUGGGUCCGGUGGAGAGCAUCGGAAACGCCUCCGCGAUAACCGUUGCUUCUCCCAGCGGAGAGUACGCCAUCUCAGUGCGCAACGGCCCAGAGAGCGGCUGCAAGGUUCUGGUCCAGUUUCCCCGGACCCAGACCAAAGAGCUACCCAAGAGCGACGUCAUCCAGGACGGCAAGUGGAGCCACCUCCGAGGGCCGUACAAGGAGGUGCACUGGAGCAAGAUGGAGGGACGCAACUUUGUCUACAAGAUGGAGCUCCUCAUGGCCGCCCUGACUCCAUGCCCUUAGAUUCACCAUCAGACUUCAGUACCACACUCAGUGUCGCUGUCGCUGUACAUUUGAACAGCAGCUCUUGCAUGAAGAAUCCAUGUUUUCUAUAGACUUUAUAUAUGUUUUGCGUUUGUGACACCAGCUGUUUAUUUUACGCAGUUCAUGGACUUCUACACACUGCUAUAAACUCUUUCAGCCUGCAGAAACAUCAGCUGGCUCUUUGUGAUGAGUUUUUGGAGUGUGUGUCUAAUACCUCAUACGGUUUAAUACAAAAUAAAUUAAA